UGCCAACAAUAGUAGAAGAAACCAAAUGGUUGGGACGCGUCCUUACCAAACUUCAAGAUACGCAAGGGGAGUAGAGGGCGAGCAUGCAGGGGCAGCUCGACUAAGCAUGUUGGUGCUCUCAGGAAAAUGACAUACUCUUGUACCACCCCCUGCUCAAAUCACCCGGGACGAAUGUUUAAUGCUCAAAGAGAAGGCAAUUUUGAUGGAGAAUGAAGUGGUAACACUGUUGGAUGCCAACAAUGAAGAGGAAAGACCAGGCGCCACACAAGAUGAGGAUGUGCCCAACCAAAUAGAUAAGAGGUUGAGCGCCUAAGGCGCCACCUCACCAAUUUUCAAGAGACUAACUUUCUCUUGUCUAUGGACUAGCUAACACACAUUAUGUUAGUGAAACCACGUAAAUAUGUGUGUUCUUUAUUUUAUUGCAUUGUCAAUUUCCCAAUCCACAGUGUCGUUUGGAAGUUGUGAUUUCAAAUGGUGUAUUGAGCCAAUUCAUGUAUUUGUGAGAUUAAGUCAUUUUUUGGCUUAUAUUGAACUAGAAUACAUGCAUUAACUUUUUGGAGACCCCACCACAAUCACUCAUAAUUGAGGGAUUAUCAAUCUCUACUUUUGUUGAGAUUCUUCACAUUCACUCAAAAUUGACUUUUGUGGCUUAACAACAAACCGCAAUCUAAACCUCCAAACAAGAUAUUUUCCUAAUACAUCAAUUAAUUCAAUACAUCAAAUGAUAAUACAGUAAUUGACUCAAUACAUCCAUUUGAAGAAUAACUAAAUUCAUUUUGAUUGUCUCAAUGCAUACAAAGCCUUGCUUCUAUGUAAAAGCAAAAUGAUGUGGUAAAAUCAGAGACGAGAAUGGAGGAGAAGUAGCAAUGAAUUAGAGACGAGAAAUUCAUAAAACGAAAGACUGAAAAAAAUAUUUUGACUAAGAGAACAAAUAAAAUUGUAUAAUUUUUUCUCUAAUGGCCAACAAAACAAAACAAAACCCGAACCGAUAUGGUAGUGAGUUCAUGGUUUGUUCAAGAGCAUGCCAAAUUGAACCAAAUCGAAAUCGAAACCGAACCACAUCAACCAAAUAUAUUGCAGUCCGGACCUGUCCAUGAUCCAUUGAAUUUUAGAAAUACUGAAGGGAAAUGGGGUCGAUUGGUAUUUGGACUGGACCUAACCAUAUCACACUUGACCAAUUGCAAUGUUGGUUCGGUCCUUGGUACUAAACUUUUUUUUUUUUACUUUUGCCCGCUAUGCUCAAGGUUUGAUCUGGUCUAGUCCAAUCCAAUUGAACCAUUGCACACCCCUAUAGUUUGUAAAUGUACUAAUCAUUUACAUUAGUUGAAUCUACCUCUUCAAUACUUACUACAUUGAUGCAUGCAGGGGAAUAUUACAUUGUUGUUGGUCAUAUUUGUGAUAUGAUCGCUAAUUGGGCACUAAAUGUAAGACAAUGCAUUGUCCAACAGAUUAUUUUAUGAUCACUCUACAAUCUACAUCAUGCACUAUACCUUUCAAAUCCUGCAAUUUAUGGUCCGCAAUCUAUGUUGUGAUCAACAAGGAUGAUAUAUAUUGGGAAAAACUUUAGAGACAUACUGAACAUCAUAGAACAUAUACAUUGGGUUCAAGAUAGGGUGCAUAACCAAAUCUGGACCCUUCAUUUAGAAAAUUCAGAUCUAAGGAUGGAUAAUUAAAUGUCAUUUUUAUGUUCCUUAACUUUCUUAAUCAUCUCAUAUCUUUUUUGUUUUAACUCGAAUUUUAAUUUUUUUUGCACAGAUGGAACGAGUUCAUCGUGCUCUACAAAAUGAGAUCAAUUUUUAAUAUUUUUUGAGAAAAAAAAAUUAUGGCCUCUCGGUACCAACUACAUACCAUAUGGUAUUUUCUUCGUUUUUAAUUCGUUUUUGAAAACGUUUGCAUAGAAGGGACGAGUUCAUCAUGAUCUAUUGGAUCUACAAAUUUAUGGGUGAACAAAUUACAGGACCAAAAAAUACCACACAAUACCAUACAAUACCACCCUGGUACGAGGUGGUAUCUUGUGGUACACAAUGUUAAAAAUCGUAAAUGACAGUUAAUAUACUUCUACUAUCAUGUAUUCAACCAUCCUACAGUCUUGGUUUAUUCAUAUAACCAUGAUACGCUUUUCAAACAAUAGAUAUGCUCUUAUUUCAAUACCAGCCAAUACCAUAUGGUAUAGACUGGUAAAAAAUGACACAAUUUUUAUUGUUCGGAAAAUAUAUCAAAGUGGAUAUCAUUUUGAAGAGCACAAUUAAUCUGAUCUAACUGUGCAAAAAAAAAAAAUUAAAUUUCGACUUAAAACGAGUGAGAAAUCGUCCGUCAAAGAUUAAGAAUGGGAAAAUUAAAGGCUUUCUAGGAAAGAGAUGCUGAUGUAGACGGGUUACUCAUUGUUACUUACCAUACCGUUCCUGAGUCCUGACCUGAUCCGUUCCAUGUGUCAUUUUUAUUGUUAUACAUAUUACAUUUGUCAUUUUUAUUUUGGAUAGAACUUUGUCAUUUUUCAAUUACGUGGUAGUUGAUAAGAAUAUUUUGCAUAAUUGUACGACUUGAUUGUAGUAAAAUAUUGAAGAAAAUAUAUAUUAUAUGAAUCAACAAUACAUGCAAUAUACAUAAUUAUCAAAUUCUCCUGCCAACGGACGGGCUCAAGAUAGGGUGAGUAACCUUAGGUUGAGUAACAAUGAGUAACCAAAUCUGGAUCUUUCUUUUAAGUGGUUGCAGAUUUAAGGGUGGAGAAUUAAAGAAAUUUAUUUUCCCUAGUUUUCUUAAUUGGAUCAUAUCUUCUUCAUUCUAACUCGGAUUCAAUUUUUUUUGCACAGAUGGAACGAGUUCGUUGUGCUCUACAAAAUGAUAUCCAUUUUCAAUAUUUUUUGAGAAUUUUUUUUCAUCCCUCUCGUUACCAACUCUAUACCAUAUGGUAUCUCCUUCGUUGUUUAGUAAUUUUCGGAAAUUUUUGCACAAAAAGAACGAUUUGAUCAUGAUCUAUUGGAUUUCAAAGUUUUCUGGGGGAAAAAAUUCUAUACCUCUCGUUACCAACUCCAUACCAUACUAUACCAUCCUGGUAUGAGGUGGUAUUUUUCAUACCAUAUUGUAUGUUGUUAUUUAAUACCAGUCAAUACCAUAUGGUAUUGACUGGUAAUAACUGGAAAUUUUUUUUUGUUCCAAAAAAUAUCAAAGUGGAUAUCAUUUUGAAUCGUUACCAACUCCAUACCAUAUUAUACCACCCUGGUAUGAGGUGGUAUUUUUCAUACCAUAUGGUAUGAUGUUAUUUAAUACCAGUCAAUACCAUAUGGUAUAGUCUAUACCAUAUGGUAUUGACUGGUAAUAACUGGCAAAUUUUUUUUGUUCAAAAAAAUAUCAAAGUGAAUAUCAUUUUUAAGAGCACAAUUCAUCUGAUCUAACUGUGCAAAAAAAAUUAAAUUCCGAGUUAAAACGAGUGAGAAAUCGUCCGUUAAAGAUUAAGGGAAAGGAAAUUAAAGAUUUUUCCAGGAGAGAGAAGGAGGCGCUGAUGUGACAUAUUCUUAUUGGGUUAUGCAUGAGGUUACUCACCAUAAGGUUACUCACCGGAUCUACUCCCCCAAGCCGAGGCUCAAGAUAGGGUGAGUAACAAUGAGUAACUAAAUCUGGACUCUUCUUUUAUGUGGCUGCAAAUCUAAGGGUGAAGAAUUAAAAGAAUUUAUUUUCCCUAGUUUUCUUAAUUGGAUCAUAUCUUCUUCAUUCUAACUCUGAUUUCAAUUUUUUUUUGCACAGAUGGAACGAGUUCGUUGUGCUUUACAAAAUGAUAUCCAUUUUCAAUAUUUUUUGAGAAAAAAAUUUUCAUCCCUCUCGUUACCAACUCCAUACCAUAUGGUAUCUCCUUCGUUGUUCAGUCAUUUUCGAAAAAAAAUUCACAAAAGGAACGAUUUAAUCAUGAUCUAUUGGAUUAAAAAUUUUCUGGGGGAAAAAAUUCCAUACCUCUCUUUACCAACUCCAUACCAUGCUAUACCACCCUAGUAUGAGGUGGUAUUUUUAUACCAUAUGGUAUGCUGUUAUUUAAUACCAGUCAAUAGCAUAUGGUAUUGACUGGUAAUAAAUGGCAAAUAUUUUUUGUUUCAAAAAAUAUCAAAGUGGAUAUCAUUUUGAAUCGUUACUGUUGGGCAUGUGACUCGGAUUCCGCCGCGCCAAAGAAACACAGACACCAAGAGACGGGCGCACCAGCAUCGGCGCGAGCAAGCACACCGCCAAGUGUCAAUACCAAGAGGCGGGCGCGCCAGCACCGGCGCGAGCGAACACAUAGGCGAGCGCAAAUACCUAGAGGCGGGCGCAUCAGCGCCGGCGCGUCCAAGGGCAGCCUGAGUCCAGUAUUGACUGAAUUAGCGAGUACGGGAAACGACGCCGUGUCCCACCUAUCGGGUAGUCACAUCACAGUCCUAGGUAUAAUGAAAGGCUAAGUGUACUUGUUCUAGGUAGGGAUAUGGCCUAGUCUCCUGACAUGUCAGUAGUCAUGUCACCAUGACAGGACACCAUGUAACUCACCCACCACCAUGUAGCCUAUAAAUAAGGCAUUUACUCCGGUGGGUGAGGAGAUGGGAUUUUCCAGACUCUAUCUCUAGAAAAAGAACAGACUUCUCUCACUAAAAGAUAACUCUCUCAGUUUCCUUCUUUCCUUUCUUUGUUCUUGGAUCCACGGCAGAUUCUCAUUGCUUAUUCUCCUCAACCCAUUUCCCCGAACCUCACUCCUACACCCAGUUAGGUUCAAACAGUUACCAACUUCAUACCAUACUAUACCACCCUGGUAUGAGGUGGUAUUUUUCAUACCAUAUGGUAUGCUAUUAUUUAAUACCAGUCAAUACCAUAUGGUAUUGAUUGGUAAUAACUGACAAAUUUUUUUUUGUUCCAAAAAAUAUCAAAGUGGAUAUCAUUUUGAAGAGCACAAUUAAUCUGACUAACGGUGCAAAAAAAAUUAAAUUUCGAGUUAAAACGAGUGAGAAAUCGUCCGUUAAAGAUUAAGGGAAAGAAAAUUAAUGAUUUUUCCAGGAGAGAGAAGGAGGCACUGAUAUGUCAGAUUCUUAUUGGGUUAUGCAUGGGUUACUCACCACAAGGUUACUCACCGGAUCUGCUCCCUGGGAAUGGAUAGGUCAGUAACCUUAUGAUAAGUAACCAUGAGUAACCCGUCUACAUCAGCAUGACAUCAACAUCUUCUCUCUCCUGGAAAGUCUUUAAUUUUCCCCUCUUUAAUCUUUGACGGACGAUUUCUCACUCAUUUUAAGUCGAAAUUUAAUUUUUUUGCUCAGUUAGAUCAAAUUAAUUGUGCUCUUCAAAAUGAUAUCAACUUUAAUAUAUUUUUCGAACAAAAAAAAUUGAGUCAUUUUUUACCAGUCUUUACCAUAUGGUAUUGACUGGUAUUGAAAUAAAAGCAUACCUAUGGUUUGAAAAACGUAUCAUGGUGGUAUGAACAAACCAAGACUGUAGGAUGGUUGGAUACAUGAUAGUAGAAGUAUAUUAAUUGUCAUUUACGACUUUUAACAUUGUAUACCACACAAUACCACCCCGUACCAGAGUGGUAUUGUAUGGUAUUGUGUGGUAUUUUUUGGUCCUGUAAUUUGUUCACCCAGAAAUUUGUAGAUCCAAUAGAUCAUGAUGAACUCGUCCCUUCUGUGCAAACGUUUUCAAAAACGAAUUAAAAACGAAGAAGAUACCAUACAAUACCACCCCAGGGUGGUAUUGUAUGGUAUUGUGUGGUAUUUUUUGGUCCUGUAAUUUGUUCACCCAGAAAUUUGUAGAUCCAAUAGAUCAUGAUGAACUCGUCCCUUCUGUGCAAACUUUUUCAAAAAUGAAUUAAAAACGAAGAAGAUACCAUAUGGUAUGCAGUUGGUACCGAGAGGCCAGAAUUUUUUUUUUCUCAAAAAAUAUUGAUAAUUGAUCUCAUUUUGUAGAGCACGAUAAACUCGUUCCAUCUGUGCAAAAAAAAUUAAAAUCCGAGUUAAAACAUAAAAUAUAUGAGUUAAUUAAGAAAACUAGAAAAAAUAAAAAUGAUCUUUAAUUCUCCCUUCUUAGGUCUGAAUUUUCUAAAUAAAGGGUCCAGAUUUGGUUAUUGAUGGGUGCAUAACAUGGUUGUCACGCCGGCCGGCGUGCCACUGAUUGAACCUGUACCGGUCAUAAAAGUAUGACACCACUGGUAUAACCAGCAUGAUCGAUAUAUGAAUCUCCAAGUAUCUUAGUGAAUUUAAUUGAUAACAAGUAAUUUAUUAUUUAUUUUAUGUGUUAAAAAGUUAAAUGUUGAUGUUAUUUGUUGGAUUCAAGUACAAAUAUUUAGAUAUUGGCGUUAAAUGUCGUGUUUAAAUAUGAGUAUUUGUAAAUUAUUUGUAAUAUUAACCAGCAUGAACUGGCACAAACCGGUAUGUAUCACCGGUCGAACCAUUCCAUUUGCUAAACCGGCACACUGGUAUAAACCGGUUUGACAAUGUUGGUGCAUAUUGAGCCCCGAUUUGGUGCUAGUUUGGUAAAGAAAACUGUUUGAAUUGCUCGUGUCACUCUCUCCACGUCUUCCCUGUCCGUCUGUACAUAUUCAUUCAUUUGACUUCCAGAGAGAGAGAUAGAGGAAAAAAAGAAAAAGGAAAAAGAAAGUAAACAAAAUAACCCCUCUCCUUCCCCACUCCUUUCCUUCGCUCUCCCUCCCUGUCUGCGCGUUCCUCUUCAAGCGUCGCGCCGGCGGGAAGGAAAUCGUAAUAGCAUACUAGCAUUACUGGUUACUGCGUCGAAAGCUAGGGUUUUGUUGCUUCUUUCUCCAGUUCGCGGAGCAGCAGAGCAAGGUGGCGGUUGCUAAAGAAUGCCGUUGACGAGGUACCAAAUAAGGAACGAGUACGGCUUGGCCGAUCCAGAGCUGUACAGAGCUGCCGAUAGAGAUGAUCCCGAGGCUCUUUUGGAGGGCGUUGCCAUGGCUGGCCUCGUCGGUGUAUUGCGCCAGCUCGGUGACCUUGCUGAGUUUGCUGCUGAGAUAUUUCAUAACUUGCAUGAAGAAGUAAUGACAACUGCGGCAAGAGGCCACAGUCUAAUGGCUCGUGUUCAACAACUGGAGGUCGAAGUUCCUUCAGUUGAGAAGGCAUUUCUGUCUCUAACUGACCACUCAUCGUUCUAUGCAAACGGAGCAGGUGUCGAUUGGCGUCCUAAUCUGCACAUGGAACAGAAUCUGAUAACUCAGGGAGACUUGCCUCGCUUUGUAAUGGACUCUUAUGAAGAAUGCCGGGGUCCUCCAAGGCUAUUUUUAUUGGACAAAUUUGAUGUUGCAGGGGCAGGCGCAUGUUUGAAGCGUUACACUGAUCCAUCAAUCUUUAAAAUUGAAGCAACAUCAUUUACUACAAUGGAAAUGCAAAGAGAGAAGAAAGCUCGAAAACUGAAGAAGAAAGGACGGUGGAGGAAUGGAGAAACUCCAGAAGUUACACCAGCAUCACAUGCCAAAUUGCAUCAGCUGUUCCUGGAAGAGCGUGUUGCAAAUGGCCAUUCUGAUCCAGCUCGUGUAGUAAAAUUGAAAAGAAGGCAGUUAAAUGGAUCUCCAUUUGAUAUGAAAUCGGGGAAAAGCUACAUGGAGAAAUUCCUGGAGACUCUAUCACCAGAUAAUAAAGCAGUGUAUGAAGAUUCUGUUAAUCCACCACUCUCGACUUUAACUCAGUAUGAGUACAAAGAAUCAGGACUUGAGAUUGUUGAGAUUACCGCUGUUAGUCCUGUGAAGCCACAGGUUGAUGUACUACAACAUGAUGAGUUCAAUGGGGAAGAUCCUGAUAAAUGGUUGGUGAAGGUCUCUGAUACCGUCACUGAUUGUGAAACCGAUGAAUCAUCUCCUUCUUCUGUUCACAAGAUGCCAAUUGGACAGGAAUUAGCUAUUUAUGCAGGCGGUGGGAAAAGUGAUAGUUCAGAAGGGGACCAAUUUGACGACAUGAUCAGUGAGGUGGAAAACUACAUGGAUGCUCUCACAACCAUGGAGUCAGAAUUAGAGACUGAUACUGAAUACAAAUUUAAGAAAGAUGGCGUCUUGAAAUUUGCGAGACGUGAGGCAGAAUCUGAUAUCAAUCAGGAAAGACAGCAUGACAUUCAAGUGAAGUUUCUGAAUUCUCAGUCGUUUGGUAACUCCUCAGCGUCUGACGAUGGAAACAGUUCAAUAUACAAAGGAGGGUCUAGUAUUUCGGUAUCCGACUCUCAGAGCCAUGCGGCUGACAAUGUGCAAUCUGAUGGGGAAGGGCCAUCAAAAGUUUGCUGUUCUCGGGAAGAUAGUAUCCCGGAGACUUCCACGUUGCAGUCAGACUGUUCAUCUCCUUGUAUGGUGGCUUGCACAAUCCAAGAAUCCCACGAGCUUGAGGUCUCGACUGAUAUCUUUUCCGUAGAAGAGAAAAUCAACAAGCUAGUGCCAACUAUUUCUGUUGCAAAUCCGUUCACGGUGUCUUUAGCAGGAGAAGAUUCAGGUAAAAGAACACAAGUAGAUGGAGUUACUACUCCUGGAUUAGAAGCUGAUCUUGAGACCAACGUAAAUCUAGAUAGUUCUUCUGUGGGUUCAUCUGAAAUACCAUGGCAUACAAAGCAGGUGGUUGCUCCUUCGAAAGGUUCUUCUGAGUAUAACUCCAUGAGUGACCAGCAGCAGGAAGAUGCUAAAGCUUUGCCUUUAUAUUUGUCAUAUCUAGAUUCUGUGCAGAGCAGCCAUGAUGAUCACGUGUCAGAAACAAGUUACUCGGGUGAUGCUGGAAAUGUGAUCCCUCAUCAGUUGCCAUCUGAACAUGAGAACAUGGUUGAAGAAGCAACAAGGGUCAAUGAUGUCAAUGGUGCACUCCUAAAAGCCACCUUACUAUCUGGAUCUCAGUUCGCUCAAUCAGGCCAUUUGAAUUCUGAGCCGGAGACGAAAAAACUAGAAGAAGAUAUUUCUGUUGUUUCAGGCAAGGAGGAAAUGUUAAGUGAAGCUAAUGCAGAUGGCAUUGUUGCAGAAGAUUCUUAUGAGUGUUUUGAUGAAUCUGGUCUACGGGAUCUGACUGACAUGCACAACACUAUAACCGAGGCUGAUCAACUGAAGGAUGUGGUUACACCUGCAUCUAUCCCACCUGCUAGUGAUGAGCAUGGAUAUGAUACUAUUUGUCCGUCAUCCAAAGUGAUUGGAUCUCCAUCUAGCCAUCCAUCAUCGGAUGACCAACAUCAGACAGCGGUGGACCUUCACCAGAAAAUUUCCUCAGAAACUGAACCUGAGGCACAAAAUGAAGUCAUUCCAAAAGAUAGAGAAUUCAGUCACGGUGAAUCCAUCUUCGGUUACCCUUCUGAAUUUGACGCAACUGCUCAUGUUUAUUCUGCAUACCCUGUUUUACUAGUGAGUGUAGGCGCUGUUGAUGCCAGUGGAGAACAAGUUUCAGGAGUCGAUGCCGAUCACAGUGUGCUGGAACCACAACCUGUCUUUAGUUCAAAAGAGGCAUCUGAAGGUGAUGGUUUAUUCCCCAUAGCAGGAACACUAGAAAUGUCAGCAGUUCAUGUUAAUGAAGUAACUUUUGAGUCUGAAGAGUAUUCUACACAUGAUAUGGAAUCAACUUCAGAUCCCUCCUAUUUAGCAGAGUCGGGAAUAACUUCUGAGCGGGUAUGGGAUUUGCAUCCUGAUCAAACUGAUGAGAGUUGUCCAGAACCAGAUGAGGCAGGAGGCUUUACAUCAUCAAAUCUUCAGUUCAAAGACAUGCAAACUUUGCCUCCUGGACUGGGCACACUCUCCACUGCAAAAGACGUGAAUGUAGAUGAGGCUCCACCGUUGCCACCUUUACCUCCUAUGCAAUGGAGAAUGGGAAACUUUCAACCUGUUUCACCUUCUUUGCAGACUGCAUAUUUUGGCCACUGUAAUAAUCUACCAAUGCAACCAUUUUCUGCUGACGAGCACACCAAGCCUUCACACCCAUUCCCAACUAACAUUAUUGAAGAUUGUCAGAUGGUUCAAUGCUUAUUUGUGGAUGAUUCAAUAGGGAAUUCCGCGGAGCAGCAGAAUCACACAUCAUUUGAAUUGGCAUCACUAGCUAAUGCUGCAAAUAUCGAACAAGAUUCACAUCAGCCUUCAUACACAUUCCCAAGUAACAUUGUCGAGGAUAGUCAAAAAGUUCCCUGUUUACCUAUGGAUGACUCAGUAGAAGAUACCUUGAAGCAGCCAAAUACCUUAUCAGUUGAAUUGCAAUCAGUUGCUAAUGCUGCAAUUCUGAAACAGGAAUCACACCCAUUGGAAGAACUGGAUCCUCUAAACCCAUUUGUUACCUCGGAAGAAAUACCAAAUGAGAGGCCUGAGCUCAGUGAUUUUCCAUCAGGUGAACCGGAGCAAUCUAGUUCAGAGUCCUUCCCAUCUGCAACAUCCAUGGCCAAUGCAUCUUCAGAAGCUGAGCUUGUGUCCUCCUUUCAGGAGGAGGCUCCUGAGGAAUCUUUACCACCAGGAUCUUUGGCAAAGGAGCAACAACAGCAAAAGGUGGUUGCAUCUUAUGGAGGAGGAACAUCGUGGCCUCCGACAACAUUAGCCCUGCCACCUUCCUAUGAACUUGGAAAGGCAGCAAAUGGCAACAAGCUCCCUCGCCCUAGGAAUCCCCUUAUUGAUGCUGUUGCUGCAGUAGAUAAAAGCAAGUUGAGAAAGGCAGCUGAAAGGGUUCAGCCACAGGCUAGCUCAAACGCAGAAGAAAGGGAUUCGCUACUAGAACAGAUCCGGACAAAGUCGUUCAAUUUGAAGCCCGCAGCAGUGAGUAGGCCUAGUAUGCGUCCUAGCAUGCCUGGUAUUCAUUGUCCUAAAACCAACUUGAGAGUUGCCGCCAUCUUGGAGAAAGCAAAUGCAAUCCGCCAGGCAUUGGCUGGGAGCGAUGAAGAUGAUGAUGAUAGUUGGAGCGAUUCUUGAGCUUAAGUUGCUCAACAAGUUACCAUACCAUGGUGAUUGUUUCUGUGGUAGUAAAUAUCUUGUUCGUUGUAAUGACUCGGCAUGAGUUCUGGUUUGCCCUCUAGUUUAGCUGUAUUCAUUUUGGCGAGGUUGGUUCUCCAGGCAAAGCAUUCUUUAUAGAAAGACGACUGCGGAUCAGCGUACAAGCGCUCCAACCAAUCAAAUAGUAAUCCCAUAUACAAUUGUAUCAAAUAUAUCUUGACAGUGUAAAUAGCGUUGCCAUAGAAAGUUUUUUUUUUUGUUGUGUGUGUAUUAUCAUAAUUUUCCAGGAAAAUUUAGUUACCUUCUGUAUUUAGUCUUUAAGUUGAUGCUUAAACCACAGUCAUGGUUUGGGAUGUUUUGUUUUGGGCGUAUAGAGCUCAGACCUUGAAAAUGUACACGAUACUGUAACUAAAGGAUGAUACGUUGGCUGCGGUUAACUAUGCAGUAAAUGGAGUUUCUACGUCUCGUCGGUCUUUUCGCUUGGUGUUGUUGCUGGUGUUGCUGUGCAGUCUAAAUUGGAUAGCGAGUUUGAUUUGAUUACAAACUGGAUGAUCUUUAAAGGAAAUGGAGAUUGGAUAAUGCGUUGGCAAGUACAGGAUGUCUAUGUAUGCUUCCAUUUUAAGCAAACGUGGAGGCUAACUGGCUAAGGCAACUCAGCGCCAUUUGGAUUAUUUUGUAUUGACUCACUUAUGGUUUGGGCUCCGCUCCCUGUGUAAAUUUGACAUCUCAUUGUGUGAAAUAACAAUAAUAAGUAACAAGGCUUUCCUUGUGGUCCACCAUAUCCUUUUGGUUUUAGCAUAGAAAAUGAGGGAAAUUUUCUAUUUAAAUAUGCCGAAGCUAGCGGGAAAAAAUCCCAAGUUACACAUGUUUUUAAAAAAAAUUCUCAAAAUACACACGUUAUGAAAAUAAUUCCCAAUCUACGCAUGUUCGGGCCAUCACCGCUGUCGACGAAGACAGUGAUUGCAUCACUGCAGUACACGGCCGCGGUGAAGGCCUGACCUGCGUCGAAACUUUAAACAAACGUAACUUUGUGCUCGGUUAUCCGAUCGUAGUGAAAUUUAUUUUGAUUCCGCAUAAUUUUUCGAGAUCUUGCAAGCCGCAUAUUUCCGUAGGCGGUUUGGUCCCGCCUUCGUCUCGAAAAUAUGUCGUUUGCUACUCCGAACGAGCCUUUUUUCGAUUUCGUCAAACUUUGAACUACCAUAACUUUGUGCUCCACAAUCCGAAAAUCAUGAAUUUUUUUUUGAUUUCGCAUAACUUUUUAAGGACUACAAUUUUUAUCAUAGACAUAUUUUCGGAAUGUACUUGGAUUCCUGAAAAGGAAGGUAAAGUUAUUCCCAAAACCCCUUAUAUCCAUAAAUAAUUCAUUUUUUGAAAAUUCUCUUCUAAUAAAAAUUGUAGUCCUUAAAAAGUUAUGCGAAAUCAAAAGAAAAUCAUGAUUUUCGGAUUGUGGAGCACAAAGUUAUGGUCGUUCAAAGUUUGACGAAAUCGAAAAAAGGCUCGUUCUGGGUAGCAAACGACAUAUUUUCGAGACGAAGGCGGGACCAAACCGCCUACGGCAAUUUGCGGCUUGCAAGAUCUCGAAAAAUUAUGCGGAAUCAAAAUAAAUUUCACUACGAUCGGAUAACCGAGCACAAAGUUACGUUUGUUCAAAGUUUCGACGCAGGUCAGGCCUUCACCGCGGCCGUGUACUGCAGUGAUGCAAUCACUGUCUUCGUCGACAGCGGUGAUGCAAUCACUGUCUUCGUCGACAGCGGUGAUGGUCCAAACAUGCGUAGAUUGGGAAUUAUUUUCAUAACGUGUGUAUUUUGAGAAUUUUUUUUAAAAAUAUGUGUCACUUGGGAUUUUUUCCAAGCUAGCGUGAGCAGCUAGGUUUUUUUGGCCAAUAAUCAACAACACAGAAAACAUAAUGGAGGACACUAAAUUAGGUGAGAACCA